AUGCUUACCAUCCUGUGGGUACUGCUCAGCCUUGCUGUCCCAGUGUUGGGGCCCCACAUUUCUGUCAGCUGUCCCAAGGCCAAGGAAUGCUUCCUGGCCCUCCUCUCUAACAACGAUAUUCUCCUGGAAUGCCCGAUCUCUGAUACACACUGGCUCUUCUCGGGGCGCAACGGAGAUGGUAAGCCCAUCAACCUGUCCAAUGCAGGAAAGAGCCCAGAAGGUGGUCUCCAUAUCCAAAACCCAUUACCCUCCGACACGGGCCUCUACCAAUGCCAAGACAAGAAUGGAACCCUAGUGACCAGUUACAAGAUUGAUUUCCAGGAUGUCACCAGGCUGCAUGCCUCGCAUAGAAAUCUGAGUCAGAAGCCCCUCAUGAAUGAGACGCUGAACCUGGGUCACAGAGAGGUAGUGUAUACCGAGUGGGGACCUUGGCAGAGAUGCAGUAACUGUGACAGACAGGGCGAGCGCAAACGCCUGGGUUACUGCUACAUCAAAGAACCCCUGGAGAAGCCGGUACCCUGUGGGCUCUACCUGGGAGGCGCGAAUGUGUUUUACAGCCGAGUGAGGCCUGAGAUGCAGGUGGAAAUCUGCUUUGAGGAGUGCCAAGGCCAUCUGACGGGUGGAGACUACGUCAUCUUCGAUAACUUCAGGCUCACGGAGGAGGAUUCCGGAUCUGCGAGGCUCACCUGUCCCUUCGCAUCCAUCUACAGGCCCGUCCACUGGGAAGCUGACGACAGCCCUCUGACAUGGCAGAACCAGCUCUCUGGCCAGGAGAUCAGCACCGUCAUGGAUCUGCACAGUGGUGGCCAGCACCUGAAGGUCUUCCAGCCAGCCACUUACAGAUGUUUUGUCGAACAGGAACUCAUAGCCCAGUUCAACCCCACACCCUCUGCGUAUCUGCUGGAGGCUGAGAGACAGUCCAAAGCCCAGGAACCUUGGCAGUCCAGAAUCCAGCCAGGCAAGGCAGACUCCGUUCUUAGGGGCUUGAAGUUGAUGCUGUUGAUUGUCUCUAUACUGGCCGGCGGAGGACUUCUCUGUAAGGUGGUCUUCCAUCCUGUCUGUGGCAAGAAGAGGAAUCAGGUUCUCCUGGUGAAAUAAACUGAGCCUUCUGUAGCCAAGAGGACCUGGCAUCUCUCCACUGUCCCAUCCUUAGCUCUAGCUAUCCAUAAGGCACACUACACGAGGCCCUGGAGGUGUGUGGGCUAACACAGACCUGGAUUAAAAUCCAGUGGCCUCUUCACCUCUUGUUCUAUGCUCUACUUGGCUAAUCUAUUGAUCACCCCAUUGUACAGAUAGGAAAACUGAGGCAAGCCUGUCUAGUCAUUGGAUAUUUGGAAUUCUCAGGUCCCUCAGAAGGAGAAAAGGAAGGAGGGAACCUCAGGGUGUGUGGUGUGACUUUCUCUGGGGAGGUAUGAACAACCACAUAAUUC